CGUUCCCAUAGCAACAUCUGUAAGAUGGCUGCCCGGAACGGCUAUGGUUCACAGAACUCCGUGGCCCACCUAGACCCCCUCAAGGGCACUGUCCUGAGGGACAGCAUGGGAGGAGAGAGGGGGAAAGACCUGUCCAGGGAUGACCUCGUGUUCCUUCUCAGUAUAAUGGAGGGAGAGCUGCAGGCAAGAGAUGAGGUGAUCACGGUCCUGAAAGCAGAGAAAAUGGAUCUGGCUCUGCUGGAGGCCCAGUAUGGCUUUGUCACCACAGGAGAGGUGCUUCGAGCCCUGCAGAGAGACUCACUCCAGGACCAGGCUUCUGAGGCCCAACAGCAGGAUGUCUAUGAGAAACCCAUGGCUGAGCUGGACCGGUUGGUGGAUACGGGGAACCAGAGCUACAGGCGGAUGCUCGAGCAGCUGCUGCAGGUGGAGCGUUCCCACAGUUGCGCCCUCUGCAGGCUGGAGGAGCAGGACCAGCAGCACCGCGCCUUCAUGCAGCGCAGCGACGACCUCACCUGUCUACUGGAGCAAGACCGUGAGAGGCUGAAGCUGCUGCUCAUCCAGGAGAAAGCCUACAGGGAAAGAAAGGAGGAAAAGAGCAAGAAAGAGGUCUCUGCUUUAAAGGAAGAGCUGACUAAACUCAAGUCUUUUGCAUUGUUGGUCAUUGACGAGCAGAAACGCCUUUCAGAUCAGCUUUCACAGCAGAGAAAACGUGUCCAGGAACUGACGGACAUUGAUGACCACGCCCAACAGGAGCUAAACUCCACCCAUUCCAGGGCAAAGGAGCAGGAGCUUAAAGUAAUUCGCUUGGAAGAAGAGUUACGCGAACAAGCUUCCCACUUCCACCUCAACCAGGAAGCCAUGAUGGCCAAACUGGCCAAUGAGGAUGCACAGAACCGACAGCUGCGUCAGCGGUUGGCCGCCCUCAGCCGACAGCUGGAUGAGCUGGAGGGGACCAGGAGCGCCCUCAAGAGGGCAGAGGAGGAGCUGCAGGAGCUGAGGGACAGGCUAAGCCAUAGGGGAGAAGGGUGCGCAACAACCCCUGGCUUGCUCUCAGAAGUGGAACAGCUGAGGAGGAGAGUGGUGGAGAUGGAAGGAAACGACGAGGAGCUCAUCCGCAUGGGAGACCAAUGCCGGGACCUAGACCGCAAACUGGGGAGGGAGUCUAGUCAGAGCCGAAGCCUGAAGGCCGAGGUGGACAAGCUGAAUGAUCGGAUCAGUGACCUGGACAGACUGGAGGAGGCUCUGGGAAAAAGCAGACAGGAGUGCAGUGCUCUGAAGGGAAGCCUGGAGAAGGAGAGGGCCAGCACCAAGCAGCUGUCUGGAGAGCUGUAUACCCUCAAGGUGCGGGUGAGGGAACUGGAAGUCAUCGAGGGCCAGCUGGAAAGAUCAGAGGGGGCGUUGAGACUGGACUUUGCCAAGUUGAGAACACUCACAGUGGUGCUGGUUGAAGAGAGGAAGAACAUGGCCGAGAGAGUCAGGCAAACAGAAGAGAAACUCCAGGAGAAGAAGGAUGGGAAACUGCAGGCUGAGCGUGACAGCGUGUCGACAGCCACAGAGAAACUCAUUGAGGAGAGCCGCAAGGCAUUGAGGUCUAAAGCAGAGCUCGAGGAGAGGAUUCAGAGAGUGGCGAAAGACCGGGACGAGCUGCGGGUGAGGCUGAGGGCAGAGGAGGAAAGGAGCGGGGAUCUGCAGAGCAAAGUUAGCACCAUGAAAAAGAGGAUUCAGGUCCUGGAGGUCAAAGGGGGGGAGUUCUGUCGAGAAGUCAAGAUCCCCCUGCUGGACAACACUAACCACUGCUACCAACAAGAAGAGAAUAAAGUCAAAGAACUCACCCAGGAGGUAGACAGACUGAGCAGGAGACUCAUGCAGAAUGGAGUGGUAGAGGGUGAGCUGAUGAAGGCCGAGGAGGACUUUGAUUCCCUGGAGAUGAGGUGGUUCAAGGAGCAGGAGAGAGCCAGGGCCCUGGCAGUGGAGCUGGAAGAGUCCAGGAAGGAGGUCUCUAAGUACCAGCUGGCAGAGAAGAAGGAGAAAAACCAGGAGCACCUCCUCCUCAGGCGACUUCAGGAGGAGCAGGUCAAGUCUGUCCUCCUCAAAAGGGAGGUGGAGGCUCUCAAGGAGAAGGUCCAGUGGCUGAUGGGGACGGAGGAGUCCAUCUGUCAAGUGCAAAUAGACAGCUCUACCCUGCAGAAGAGGCUGACCCAGCAAGAGGUCAGGAACAGGGAGCUGGCCAGAGAGAUGGAGGGACUGACCCAUGAGCUGGACAGGUACCGGCGAGUCAGCAAGAACCUCCGGCCCGGCAUCGCUGGUCGACGCUUCUCAGACCUCCACCUGUGCACCAAGGAGGUGCAGGCGGAGCCCGCAUACACCCUGCCACCUGACUACAGGAGCCUGACUCCGCUGGAGCUCAGCGGUAAACUGUAUGAGGAGAUCGAUGGAGAAGACCCAAAUCAAAACGAGGAUCUUGACCUUAAGUGCAACUCGCCUCAGCUAACAAGCAUUGAAAGCUUGAACCACCAAAACAGUAAUGUGAGGCCAUUCAGCAAACUUUCACCCAACGGCAAGGACAAUCCCCAUACCAUUAACAGCAAAUUGUUAAAGGGUAACUUUGUCCAGAAAGGAGAUGUGACGCUUGCACACACCCCAGGGCAGCCCUUACACAUCAAGGUAACGCCGGACCAUGGGCACAACACGGCCACACUGGAGAUCAGCAGCCCCACCGCCGACAAUGCCACAUCCUAUACCAGCACCGCAGUUAUCCCCACCAGCGGAGUCCCACCAAAACAGAGAAUCACCAUCAUCCCAAACGCUGCCAUCUCCCCAGUGGCCAGAACAAAGAGCUCCCUGCCCCCAGAGGGGUUUGGCAGCCCUGAAAGAGCCCUCUCCCCUCUAACUAUGACCCCCAUCACUGUAAACUCCCCAGACUCCUCCAGGUCAGUGUCACCUGACUACACCGUCUCUCCCAUCCAGAUGGUAACAGUCAGUACUGGAUCGCUUGAAUCCAGUGAGGUCAUAGGUCAAGCAAUGUUUCGUGUGAGCCCGGAGAGGCGGAACGGUUGGCAGAUCCAGAGGUCUAACAGCACUGGUCCCAGUGUCAUCACCACAGAGGACAACAAGAUCCACAUCCAUCUUGGGAGCCCCUACAUCCAGUCUAUUAAUGGUAUAACUCAGAGCCAGUCUGGGGGACCGUACCACACCCCCGGACUGGAACCAAGGACGCCAGUACAGACCAAUGGCUGCCACAUCAAAGGCGGCAGCAAGAUCACCAGUAGCAUCACCAUAACCCCUGCCAACACCCCUGUCGCACGACCCUCAUACAUUACAGUUCCUGCAAUUCUGAAGCCCGGCCCCACCAGGAUCCCCAAACCAAAGGCUACAGUAUGCCGAGAGGGACAAACAGCACAACUAACACUAGACAGAGCAAAGGACAGCCGCAUGCCGCCGCCAAGCAAUCUGGGAAAACACUGAACGGUCAGACUGUGUUCAACAUGAGAAACUAACCAACCACAUCCUGAGAAGCACAAUAGACACGGCUGGGGUGAAUUCCGGGGAAAUGUUCAGAACAUUGCAGAUGGAAAAUAUAUAACUACAUCUGAGACAAUUCCCUAUUUUACUAACUAGGGAAAUAACACAUUGCAGGUGCUAUAAUAUUUGAAACCAACUGCUUGCAUUAGUGCUGUGUAAAUCAUGUAUUAUGCCAUUGUGCGCAAUCUGUUAAUUUCCUGAUGGUCUAUUUAAAAAUGUCAAAAUCUCCUUUAUUAGGUGCUACUUUGUAAUUUCAGAAAACGUCCAUAAUAUAUAACAUCCAUAUUCUACACUGUUUGCUCAAUGUCAGUUUCUAUGAGAAAACAAGCACUGAAUAGUGUACAGCAUCAUUGUACCAUCUAAAUCGCCGUGACAUCUUUUCAAUAACAAAAAAUAGUUUUUACAGCUGUUUCAAGUUGUUGAACCAAAAGUAACUUUAGUUUUGGUCCACCAGCUUCAAACAUCUGUAAAAAGCAUAUUUUGGUUAUCGAAAAGAUAUGUCACAGCGAUUUGAUGGUGCAAUGAUUCCCUACACUACGCAAAAAAUACUCCUAUGUGUAGUAGGGUGGGGAGAUAUUUGGGUACACCUCUUCUAUGAUAUGCUACUCCAAAUAUCACUAUAUCCAAUAUAAUAGUUUUGCGCCGUUAAUGACAGUCAUUCCAGACUGUGUCAUUUUUGUGCUUAUUUACAAUAUUAUAGUUGCAUUCUCAUUAAAAUAAUAUUUGUAUGAAGAAAUAAGGCUUAAUUAAUGUAUAACAUGUUGAAACAGCGCAACUGAUAAAACUGCAAGAUUUUGAUUGGUAAAGUUCAAAUAGAGUAUAUUCUUGCACAUCACAAUAUAUCGUCAAUGUCAAAUAUCACUAUAUUAAAUGUAAUCAUACUGUAUAACGACACAACCCUAAAUAUGUAGCAUCUUUAAAGUUGUCUAGGUAGGAGCAUGUUCAUACUCGACAAGUACAGUUGAUCUCGGAAGUUUACACACUUCGGUUGGAGUCAUUAAAACUCGUUUUUCAACCACUCCACAAAUUUCUUGUUAACAAACUAUAGUUUUGGCAAGUCGGUUAGGACAUCUACUUUGUGCAUGGCGCAAGUCAUUUUUCCAACAAUUGUUUACAGACAGAUUAUUUCACUUAUAACCAGAGGUGUGGACUCGAGUCACAAAUAUGAUGACUUGCAACUCGACUUUGACCCCAUUGACUCGUGACUUGACUUGGACCUUCUGACUCGACCAGCCACACUCCCCAAGCCCAAAAAUUAAAAGUUAUGCUAUUUUAAAAAGUGUGCAGCGCAUCAACUCGUCAUUUAACGGAUUACAGUUUGAAUCGGACAGCAGCCAAUCAAAUUGUGCCAGCUGAAAAAAAGUUGUGCGUGGCAGUGCAGAGGAACGUCGGCGGGUGAAUUCAGAUGGAGCCCUUGGAAAGAUGAUACCCCAAAUUAUUAUUUUCGGAUAUAAAGACGACACUGUAUCAACAAAAAAUGGAUUGCAACUUGCAAAACAUGAGGGAAGGAAAUUACUGAUGGAGGCGCAACAAUUUCCAACUUUGUUUGACAAUUGAAGCUGCACAAAGAACGGUAAUUUGUGGCAGUGUACGCUCAAACCGGUGUGAUUAGAACGCUUAUUUAGAACAUCCGGUUUUGAUUGACACAACAGUCUGCAUUUAAGCUAGCCACACUGUUUUUUCAUAGAAAUAUUUUGCACAAACACAGUCCUUACGAAGUUAUGUCCUGAAUGUGACCAGUUUAUUUUUAGAUGCGAUAUUCAGACAUUCACAGAAGUAUCUACAGCAUAACACAAUCAUCCAAACCGGAAAAUGUAGGCUACAUUAGUCCUAGCUCUAACUGAAGAAAGAUUGCAGUCAUAUUUGGAUAACUCUCGGCUGUCAGAAAACGCAAUAUGAAUUAGCAAAUAGCAAUUACUAUUUAGAAUUCAUCAUGGGUGAGCGCACAAUUGAUCAAAAUAAUUUAGUAAAACACUUUUUAGAAAUUGAAAGUAAUCCGAUGGGUAGUUUGUGCACGCCAUGUUUUUUUUCUUCUUCGCAUCAACCAAAGAUAAGAGGCGACAAGGUGAGUUUGGUCUGUUUGCAGUAUGCAUGUUGAAGGGGGUGUGUCGUCUAUGAUCAUUCACUUCCCUUCCGGAGGUUUAACCCUUCACCUCAUUAUAACAUCUUUGGUCUGACAGACGUUCAAAUGACAGCCAGAAUGAAUUGCAUAAUGUCAAACAUGGAGCCACACAUGGUAAAUAGCAUUAUCUCAAUAUAAAUCAGUACACCCUUUUUCACACAUCAUAGGUGUCCAUUACAAUCUAUGCAAUAAUCAGAAUGCAUUAUUUGUCACCAGUACUUGAAAACACAUGGCUAAAACUGUAAAUACAACAUGCUCCAUCCAUACAUACUGUAUGCUACAGUAGGAACACCACAACAUACAGAAAAUAAGGCACUUUGACAGGACACAUCACUGCACUCUAUUCUCCUCUGUAAAUUGGUCAUCUCUGUAUACUCGUCGCAAUACCCACUGGUUGAUGCUUAUUUAUAAAAACCCUCUUAGGCCUCACUCCCCCCUAUCUGAUAUACCUACUGCAGCCCUCAUCCUCCACAUACAACACCCGUUCUGCCAGUCACGUUCUGCUAAAGGUCCCCAAAGCACAUACAUCCCUGGGUCGCUCCUCUUUCAAUUCGCUGCAGCUAGCGGCUGGAACGAGCUGCAACAAACACUCAAACUGGACCGUUUUAUCUCCAUCUCUUCAUUCAAAGACUCAAUCAUGGACACUCUUACUGACAGUUGUGGCUGCUUUGUGUGAUGUAUUGUUGUCUCCACCUUAUUGUGCCCAAUAAUGUUUGUACCAUGUUUUGCUUCUGCAAUGUUGUGUUUCUACCAUGUUGUGUUGAUACCAUGCUGUGUUGUCAUGAGUUGCUGCUAUGUGGUUGUCUGUGGUCUCUCUUUAUGUAGUGUUGUAGUGUUUCUCUUGUCGUGAUGUUUGUUUUGUCCUGUCCUAUAUUCUUAAUCCCAGCCCCCAUCACCGCAGGAGGCCUUUUGCCUUUUGGUAGGCUGUCAUUGUAAAUAAGAAUGUGUU